ACGGCAAGGAUAUGGCGUCCAUUGCUCGGUAAAUAGCGCGUCCCUUCCUGUCAGCCCUCAACGGGUGUGCGUUGCAAAGUUGCAUCGCGCUACAGUGGACGAGUAGAUUUAGGCAGCGAGCGAUGGAGCGUAAUUGUGUAACGCUGAACGCUUGGCGUGGCUUGGGAAUAAGGCCCAAGCAAGAAGAAGCGGUAAAGAUGGCACCCAACUCAAUUGCGGUUGCCACACAGCAGUCGGUCAGGUCGGAUUUUACGUGCCUGACAGCGCGAACCACCCACCAAACCCCUUCCAACGCGGCAUGAGAAAGCGGUUCCUUCCACCGAACCGAAGCUGCACCGAAACUCUGACAUACGGGAUGUGUUGGGAUGUGACUGCAGCGUUUUUGGUCCAGGGAUCAUGGGAGCAUGACGAACAUAAGGCUGCUUCACGAGCGACGGCCGGUUAGGUCGGUCGGUGUUCUCGCUCUUGCACCCCUUGCUGUGGUGCACACUACGAGCACUACCCUCUGUACGCAAACGAAGCUAGGGGAUGACUGUGUCUGAGUGUACGUGUGGGCCGGAAGGACAUGAAGCUAACGACGAAAGGCACCGACGAAUCCGUGGUUAACUUCGGCAAAAGCGAUGAGCAGGAGGAAGGUCGGCAAGUGCGGGCAGACAUCAUCUGGUUCUAGCUGCCUCCUCUGGGUAAAGGCUGAGCAGAGCCAACGUGCACUAGGCUGAAGUCAAUGUUGCUAUCAGUCGUUAAGCAGCUUCCAUCGCAGGCAGUGCCGGUGUGACACGGUGGUGUGUCAGUGUCAUCGAGUCAAACAACGAUAACAAAAGAAGAAAAAACGGCGACUGAGUUUCGAAAGCGACGGGACUGAGUGAGACAGAGCUGUCAGGACAAUGGAUGACCGGAGCAGUGUGUGAUCUUUUGCCUCAAAUGUACUGUAGCAGCAGCAGCAGCAGAAGCCAACGGUCACAGUGUACGCUGAGUGUUCGUGUGUACGAGUGACAAGAACCGGAUCUAGGAAGGCUUUGACGUCGAGUGCACAAACAACGAGCAACCGUUUGGUGCGUACUGUGCUGUGCACCACGACAGUCAGCAAUAAUUAAAGCGGCAAAUCGUGUGGCCCUACUCGAGUGCUCCGUAUGAGGUGAGACUAGUCGAAAACAAAGCGCGGUAGUGUCUAGUGGAGUUCAGUUCGCCGAAAGAAAUGAUGUCACAAGGUGUCGUUAUACCUUCAACGGGCUUCAGCGAGAUGUGAUUACCAAUUUCGGGUACAUCCCUUUCGGGCGUCUGGAGUGAGUGUGCGUGUCUGUUCUGGUUUCUUUUUUAAAUUUCGAUUUUGCUUCCAAAAAUAGAAUACAAAAGUCAAACAAGAACCUUCCGUUGAGGUGACGAACGUGUUAGCGUCAAAGUGACAAAACUUGCGACGGAAAAGGAUAUAUUUGUACAGCUGAAAAAGUCAGCUUUAGCCACCGCGAGUGUUGUGCGAGUGAGUGAAGUGUUGUUCCAGUGUGUAUUGUUUUGUGUGUUUUCGCGACGGGAAAGAACUGCCGUGCUUGGAAUUUAGCUGCCUUGUUGAAGCCUUUGGGGCAAACAGGCUCACGGUGGAUUUCAAACUCAUUUGGCAACCGCGCAGAAUGGGAACAGGUACGGAUUAUGCCCGAAGUGACAGAUUGCUAGACAUACCGUGCAAAGUGUGCGGCGACCGCAGCUCGGGCAAACACUACGGCAUCUACAGUUGCGAUGGUUGCUCAGGGUUCUUCAAACGCAGCAUCCACCGGAAUCGGGUGUACACGUGCAAGGCGGCCGGUGAGCUGAAGGGCCGCUGUCCAGUAGAUAAGACCCACCGUAACCAGUGCCGUGCCUGCCGGCUUUCCAAGUGCUUCCAAUCGGCCAUGAACAAGGACGCCGUCCAACACGAGCGUGGCCCGCGGAAACCGAAACUCCAGCACCUGCAAGCGAACGGGGGCCACCCGGGCCAUCCCCAUCUGGCCGGCCCGUUCGUGAACAGUGCAUCGUACGGACACGCAAUGUCCCACUUCCCGCCCGGGCUGCACCAUUCCGCAAUGGCCGGUUCGAACGCGCUGCUGCACCAUCCCCAGCCGCUCUCCUUUGCACCGCUCGGCCACCAUAUCGGUCCCUCGUUACUGCCGCCGGUCAAGCUGGAACAGAACAAGUUCGAGUUUAGCCUCGGUACACCGAACGGUAGCAACGGUGGCAACGGUGGCGGUGCCGGUCAAAUGCCGGGAGGCACGAACCUGCUGUCCCCGAUUAAGAUCGAGCACGGCAAAAUGAUGACGUCCGUCGGUGGGUUCGAGUUUUCCGCGGCCGGGCACGUGCAGCACAUGUACAAGUCGCUGGAACCGAUGCCCCCGUCGCCGACCGAUUCGAAGAGCUCGAUCAGCGUGGACUCGCCGUCGGAAAGUUUGACCAGCCCGCACUCGACCGUGGACGGCAGCUCGAGCGUGCUCAGCCCGACACCGAUCAACGCCACCAGCCUAAGCCUUCCGUCCCCGCUGUCGCAGAACGGUGUGCUCGACAUCCUGAUGAGCACGGACAAGUGCCAGGAGUUUAUCCAGUACCAGAUGCACAACAGUAGUAUUGCGUUCCCUGGGUUCACGCCCGUUAGCAGCGCCUCGAGUGGAAUUUCGGUCGCACCGCCGUUGCCGCCACCCACGCAUCAAGGUGUACCGCCGCCAUCGUCACUCGCGCCAUCACACCCACCAGGACAGUCUGUCUCAACAGCGACAGCUUCGCCCACGGGACUGGCGCAUCCAACACCAACGGCAGCAGCAGUAACGCCACAUCCACCACCACCACCGCCACCACUCGUUCCCCAUCCGAUCGCGCUAACUGCGCUGCCGCCCGAGGGUCCAACCAUCAUCAGGCUUCCUACCUGGGAGAUUUUACAGGAAACUACGGCCCGGUUACUGUUCAUGUCCGUCCGAUGGGUGAGGUGCUUGAUCCCGUUCCAAACACUCUCCAAAAAUGACCAACACCUACUGCUACAGGAAUCGUGGAAAGAGCUGUUCCUUCUCAACUUUGCCCAGUGGAGUGUACCGUGGGAUCUGAGCGGACUGCUCGAUUCGCCCCAGGUGCGGGACCGGUUGCCACCGGACGCAGCGACCCAGCUCGAGAUGAAGACGAUGCAGGAGAUUCUCUGCCGCUUUCGCCAGAUUUCGCCCGACCUAAGCGAGCUGGGAUGCAUGAAGGCGGUAAUCCUGUUUUCACCCGAAACGUCCGAACUGUGCGACGUCCAGCCGGUCGAGAUGCUACAGGACCAGGCCCAGUGCGUCCUGUCCGAGCACGUGCGCGUUCGCUACCCGCGCCAACCGACCCGGUUUGGGCGGCUUCUUCUACUCCUGCCGCUGCUCCGUACCAUCCGGUCCACCACCAUCGAGACGCUGUUCUUCAAGGAAACGAUUGGUACCGUGCCCAUCUCCCGGCUCCUGAUCGACAUGUACCAGAUGGAAAAGUACACCGAUCUGGAGGGUGGCGGUGGCGGUGGUGGUGGUGGUGCAGGGACACCACCUACACCGAACGGUGCCCUUACGCCAAAGGCAUAAAUCGGUGCGACAGACUUCGGGUUUACUUUUUUUAUUUUCCCUGUCCUGUUUUUAAGAGAAGCAGAAAACCUAACCGCGCACAACAGCGCUUCUCAUCGCUGUCCCAAUUGCUGCAGUUUGCAUGUUACUGAGGGUAAAAGUAUUUUUCCAACGCUUCCGGCUGUUUGAGUUUUAUUCCGCACGGUUACAGUUGUGCCCAGGAUUGGGGAUGUUCUUUUGUUUCUUCCUCCCCAGCUUCACUUUAUUUCGCUCAAUUUCACGUGUCCUCUUUGUGCUGAUUACAUGGUGAGCAACAACUUUUUGUCCUCAAGUGAAGUAAAAAUAAUGUAGCAAAAAAAUAAAUGGUACUACACCACAUCAACAUCCCGUCUAGAAAUCAGUCGGUGCGAUCAGGUUCUCAGAAAUGUUUUUAUGGCCGUGAAGAAGUAGAUAAAAACCACACAAGCACAAUUGGAAAAACAAUUUAGCUGACCGCGAUACCGAUGUACGGUGAAAUUGUGUUAUUUUUUAAUUUGCAGAAUAAAUCUAGGAAAAAUAUUGCGCGUGAAGAGGAAUUGUGCGAGCUGGUUUACUUUUAGACUCACCUACAAAGGUUGAACACGCUUCUCCAAAUAUAGCGACUAGCGAGAUAAGAAAAGUCGAGCUAGCAAGACACGAAGCAGAGAAACUGGUGUAGCGGAAAAAUCAUACUCCAGUGUAGGUACAGGUACCGUUGUCCAAAUGCAAUCUGUUUUUGGGACACCCUUUCCGCCCCAGUAGAGCAAACCACAGGCAACCAUGAUGAUGAUGAUAACCAGUUUCUGUUUUGUAAAAUGUUGUACAUUUUUAAAGCGUAAUUUAAUCUAGAAAUGAAUCAAACAUGAACUUAUGGAACGGCG